AUGGAGCGCUUCUUGGGCUUCGUCAAGCAGAUAAGAAGAUCGAGAAGAAGAAAAGGCAAAAAGUACCGGCCAGAGGAGGAUUACCACGAGGGCUAUGAGGACGUCUACUAUUAUGCUUCAGAGCAUUUUCGAAAUGAGAGUCCUUACACAAAGUCUGCAAACCAGGCAAAGGCACCUGAUGGAGCACUGUCUGUGAGGAGACAGAGUAUUCCAGAGGAAUUCAAGGGCUCAACAAUAGUUGAAUUAAUGAAAAAAGAAGGCACCACCCUCGGGCUUACAGUGUCAGGUGGAAUCGACAAGGAUGGGAAACCAAGAGUAUCUAACCUUCGUCAAGGAGGAAUUGCUGCUAGGAGUGACCAGCUGGAUGUAGGGGACUACAUCAAGUCUGUGAACGGAAUCAACCUGACCAAAUUUCGCCACGAUGAAAUCAUCAGCCUGCUCAAGAACGUUGGCGAGAGGGUUGUUUUAGAAGUGGAGUAUGAGCUGCCUCCAGUCUCUGUACAAGGAUCAGGUCUCAUCUUUAGAACUGUGGAAGUUACUUUACAUAAAGAGGGGAACACUUUUGGAUUUGUAAUAAGAGGUGGAGCACACGAUGACAGAAAUAAAUCUCGUCCUGUUGUAAUAACAUGUGUUAGACCUGGAGGGCCUGCUGACAGAGAGGGCACAAUCAAACCCGGGGACAGACUGCUGAGUGUUGAUGGGAUCCGACUGCUCGGAACGACACAUGCUGAAGCCAUGAGUAUUCUCAAACAGUGCGGACAGGAGGCGACUCUGCUGGUUGAAUACGAUGUCUCAGUGAUGGAUUCAGUAGCGACAGCAUCUGGGCCACUGCUAGUUGAAGUUGCCAAAACUCCUGGUGCUGCUCUUGGGGUUGCACUAACUACCUCGAUGUGCUGCAACAAACAGGUCAUUGUCAUAGACAAAAUCAAAUCUGCGAGUAUUGCAGACAGAUGUGGUGCAUUACAUGUAGGAGACCAUAUUCUGUCCAUUGAUGGCACCAGCAUGGAGUACUGUACACUGGCAGAAGCAACGCAAUUUUUGGCUAAUGCAGCGGAUAAUGUCAAACUUGAGAUCCUUCCUCACCACCAGACACGGCUAGCGCUGAAAGGCCCAGAGCAUGUGAAGGUUCAAAGAAGCAACAGGCAACUUACCUGGGAUUCGUGUGCCAACAGCCACAGCAGCCUCCUCACCUACCACCAUUAUAACACCUACCACCCUGACCAUUGCAGGAUGCCAGCCUUGAAAUUCCAGAAAGCGCCUCCUCAAAAAAGCCUUCCAGCUUUGGUGUCUUCAUCCUUCUCUCCUACCUCCAUGAGUGCAUACAGCCUGAGUUCCCUGAACAUGGGGACCUUACCUCGCAGCCUCUACUCCACCAGCCCGCGUGGGACAAUGAUGAGGCGGAGGAUGAAAAAGAAGGACUUCAAAAGCUCCUUGUCUUUAGCCUCUAGCACUGUUGGUUUGGCUGGGCAGGUCGUCCACACAGAAACCACAGAAGUAGUGCUGACAGCUGACCCCAUAGUAGGGUUUGGGAUACAGCUCCAGGGUAGCGUGUUUGCUACUGAGACCUUGUCUUCUCCACCUCUCAUUUCCUAUAUUGAAUCUGACAGUCCAGCGGAAAGGUGUGGGGUGCUGCAAAUUGGAGACAGAAUAGUGGCAAUAAAUGGCAUCCCGACGGAAGACAGCACAUUUGAUGAGGCCAAUCAACUGCUCAGAGACUCCUCUAUCACCAACAAGGUCACUUUGGAAAUAGAAUUUGAUGUUGCAGAAUCAGUUAUACCAAGCAGUGGAACGUUUCAUGUAAAACUACCAAAGAAGCAUAAUGUGGAACUUGGCAUCACCAUAAGUUCUCCAUCCAGUAGAAAACCAGGGGACCCUCUGGUUAUUUCUGAUAUCAAGAAAGGAAGUGUUGCUCACAGAACUGGGACACUCGAACUGGGUGAUAAGUUGCUUGCAAUAGAUAACAUUCGACUUGACAAUUGCUCAAUGGAAGAUGCUGUCCAGAUCCUUCAGCACUGUGAGGACCUUGUGAAGUUAAAGAUCCGCAAAGAUGAAGAUAAUUCCGAUGAACAGGAGAGCUCUGGAGCAAUUAUUUAUACUGUCGAGCUCAAGCGCUAUGGUGGGCCUCUUGGAAUUACAAUCUCUGGUACUGAAGAGCCCUUUGAUCCCAUAAUCAUUUCCAGCCUUACAAAAGGAGGAUUAGCUGAAAGGACUGGGGCAAUUCACAUAGGAGACAGAAUCCUAGCAAUAAAUAGUAGCAGUCUGAAAGGAAAACCUUUGAGUGAAGCCAUUCAUUUAUUACAGAUGGCAGGAGAAACUGUCACCUUGAAAAUCAAGAAGCAGACAGAUGGUGAGUAUGCUACCAGUCCCAAGAAAUUUUCUGUCCCUGUGGGUCACAUAAGUGAACUGACUGAUGCUGAAGAUGAAACUCCUGCUGCACAGAAAUCUGGCAAACUCUCAGACAUCUAUUCCACUACAGUCCCAAGUGUUGACAGCGCAGUAGAGUCGUGGGAUGGCUCUGGUAUUGAUACCAGCUUUGGAAAUCAAGGACACAGCUAUCAGGCUUCAGGAUACAACUUCAAUGCCUAUGAAUGGAGGAGUCCUAAACAGACUAGUUUGUCCCCUCCAAGCAAACCACGAAACCACCCAUUUCAUGAUACAGGGCUGAGUGAUGACAAAUGGGACCGACCUACAGCAAGCAGCUUCGCAGGUACCCAUGAUAACACCGAGGCUGACCAGGAGGAAAAUUUCUGGUCUCAGGCUCUGGAGGAUUUAGAGACCUGUGGCCAGUCAGGAAUUCUGAGGGAACUAGAGGACAAGGCUGACAGGCGUCUGUGUUUGAGAAACAUGACUCUCUUGGCCACAAUUAUGUCAGGAAGUACAAUGAGUUUGAAUCAUGAAAACCCACAACCUCGUAACCAGCUGGGAAGACAAGCCAGCUUCCAGGAAAGAAGUACUGUAAGGCCACAUUACAGUCAAGCUACUCGUAGCAACACAUUGCCGUCAGAUGUGGGGAGAAAGUCCAUGGUUCUGAGAAAAAUGAAGCAAGAAAUGAAAGAAAUCAUGUCACCAACUCCUGUGGAGUUACACAAGGUAACUUUGUACAAGGACUCGGAUGGAGACGACUUUGGGUUCAGCGUCUCAGAUGGUUUAUUGGAAAAAGGAGUGUAUGUUAAAAACAUUCGACCAGCUGGCCCUGGCGAUCUGGGAGGUUUAAAACCAUACGACAGACUUUUACAGGUAAACCACGUUCGCACCAGAGACUUUGACUGCUGUCUGGUUGUGCCCCUCAUCGCAGAAUCUGGCAAUAAGCUGGAACUAGUGAUUAGCAGAAACCCACUGGCAUCUCAGAAAGGAAGCUCAGAACAACAGACUUCAGCGAGUGGGGACUGGAGCGAUCAGAAUAAUGCCUGCCUUCAGCAGAGUGGACACGCUAAUGCUAAUGCAGAGACACGGGAUCCUACAAAUACAUUAUAGCAGAAAACCAUUUUAGUGGGACAUUGGUCAUGAAAGACAAUUAUGGUGCUAAAUCCCUUUAAGAUUUCUCUGAGAUUGAGGCUCAGAUGCUAUAUAGCACUAAAAAGCACAGGAGGUCAGUCUGUCUGUCUCAAGGCUUGUAUUAAUUCAUGGUUACUUUUGAAAAAGUUUAAUUCUUCAUUAAGUCAAGUCAUUCCGUUCUAAACAAUCUAGCAUUAGCAACAGUACGAAAAAUCGUAAGGGCCUUUUUUUCCCCAAUAAGAAACUGGGGAGCUGUUUUAAACGUGAUUUAAAUGUUCCUCUCCAUCAGCAGCUGCUGUUUGAGGGAAAAGCACGGAGUUAACCUCUGCUAACAGUGGUGUCCAGGUUACAUAGUUUUUAAGAACAUUUUAUCAGAAAGGUGGGGGCUGAUGGACAAGGAAGAGGGGUAUGCCGCACCGGGUUUUCUUGUUAAAUGCCUAGAUCUGUAAUUUUGGGGACCUUUAUUCUGCUGGCAAGAAGGGUGCACUCUUCAGACAGAGCGCAGUUUGGAUGUUUUAACAAAAUGCUUGUAGGAAGCUGCAGUACGCGGUGAACGUUACUCCCCCACUUUGGUAAAUUCUGUUAGAACGUAUGUUAUUCCCUAUGCAAUGAAAUAUUUAAUAGUACGUCUUGCAACCUGUGGGGAUUUUUAAGCAGAGACUUUUUUAGUGGGAUAAAACCUCUGAAGGAGGAUUACUGACAAGAGUAAAACUGAAAUGAGUUCAGACAAAUUAGAAAGGUUUUAAAAGAAAAUGGCUUUUUUUAAACUAUGUCAGUGGAAGACUGAUACAAAAGCUCUUUAAUGAUCCAUAACCCUGUAAACUUGUACUGUCACACGUGAGCUUUUUAAGUCAAACGGUUUCUUGAAGGGACAAAAGUCCCAUUUAAUAUGCUGUUUUCAGCCUUCUUUAUGAUAAACAUUACCCCCUGCAACACGUUUUUAGAAUUUAAAAUUGUAAAUAUAUUUUACAAACACAUUACACAAAUUCUCCCCUCUCCCCCCCAAGCAAUAAAAUACUGCCAGUUGCUUUAUAUGCUCACCAGCAGCUGCUUUGGUUUCUUCCGGUAUUCAAGUUGUUAUUAGUAAUUCUUGUUAUUGGUGAAUAUAAAGAUACUGGAUUUGUACAUUUGUAGAGUCUCCAUAUCUAAGCAGUCACCUUACAGAGUUGUUUCUGGUCAAUUUAGGCUGUUUAACUGUAUCCCUGUUGCUGUUUCCAAUACAUGAACAAGCUCACCUGCCCUGCACACACAAGUAUCUCCGAUUUCUAUUUCAGCACUGCCAGAAAAGGUCAGAAUGACAUUCAAUGCUGAAUCAUGUAAAAAAAGAAAAAACAAACAAACAAAAAAACAAAACGAACCUUCAUGAGUCACUUAAAUAUGUAUUUUUAUUUGUAACAAAUACGUAUUAAACU